UGACCAGAGGAAAAGGAAGGGGCGGAGCUGCCUUGCGGCUGGCCGCGGAGCAGUCAGCCGACUACAGCGAAGGGUAAUCGGCUGUCCCCACAGCAGCCCGAGCCCCUGAGGGCCAGUCUGGGCCUAGGCUGGUGGGGCCGGACGAGCGAACCAGACCUGUCUGGGAAACCUGACAAUGCCCUGCCACGGAGGGUCACCUGGCCAGAGCCACCCCAGGUCUGGCCGGGAGCAGGGACUGGGGAGGUCCUCGGGAGCCCCCCGACUGGGACUCCUUUGGAUAGGCCUAGGGCUGGGGCUGGCGCUGGCUCUGCCUGACUCCCUGGCUCUCUGGGCCCCAGCAGGGGCCCUCCCUAUUUCUGCCCAAGGCCAUCCUGCCAGGUUCGAUCCCAUAGCGCCCCAUCUCCAGGAUGCCUUUGGAUGGUGGAACCUCACGUGCCCAGUCUGCAAAGGUCUAUUCACUGCCAUCAACUUUGGGCUGAAGAUGGAGCCCAAUGUAGCCCGGGUGGGCUCUGUGGCCAUCAAGGUGUGCAAGCUACUGAAGAUAGCACCACCUGCCGUGUGCCAGUCAGCCGUCCAGCUCUUUGAGGACGACAUGGUGGAGGUGUGGACACGUUCAGUGCUCAGCCCAUCUGAGGCCUGUGGCCUGCUCCUGGGCUCCAGCUGUGGGCACUGGGACAUCUUCUCAUCUUGGAACAUCUCUUUGCCAGCCGUGCCUAAGCCGCCCCCCAAGCCGCCAAGCCCCCCAGCACCAGGCGCCCCUGUCAGCCGUGUCCUCUUCCUCACUGACCUGCACUGGGAUCAUGACUACCUGGAGGGUACAGACCCUGACUGCGCAGACCCACUUUGUUGUCGCCGGGGCUCUGGCCUGCCACCCACCUCCCAACCAGGUGCUGGAUACUGGGGCGAGUACAGCAAGUGUGACCUGCCUCUGAGGACCCUGGAGAACCUGCUGAGUGGGCUGGGCCCAGCUGGCCCUUUUGAUAUGGUGUACUGGACAGGAGACAUCCCCGCCCAUAAUGUCUGGCAACAGUCUCGUCAGGACCAGCUGCGGGCCCUGACCACCAUCACAGCCCUCGUGAGGAAGUUCUUGGGGCCAGUGCCAGUAUACCCUGCUGUGGGCAACCAUGAGAGCACACCUGUCAAUGGUUUCCCUCCUCCCUUCAUAGAGGGCAACCACUCCUCCCGCUGGCUGUAUGAAGCAAUGGCCAAGUCAUGGGAGCCCUGGCUGCCUGCUGAAGCCCUUCGCACCCUCAGAAUUGGGGGGUUCUAUGCCCUUUCCCCACGCCCUGGCCUCCGCCUCAUCUCUCUCAAUAUGAAUUUUUGUUCCCGUGAGAACUUCUGGCUCUUGAUCAACUCCACAGAUCCCGCCGGACAGCUCCAGUGGUUGGUGGGGGAGCUUCAGGCUGCUGAGGAUCGAGGAGACAAAGUGCAUAUAAUUGGCCAUAUUCCCCCAGGGCACUGCCUGAAAAGCUGGAGCUGGAAUUAUUACCGAAUCAUAGCCAGGUAUGAGAACACUCUGGCUGGUCAGUUCUUUGGCCACACUCACGUGGAUGAAUUUGAGGUCUUCUAUGAUGAGGAGACUCUGAGCCGACCACUGGCUGUAGCCUUCCUGGCGCCCAGUGCCACCACCUACAAAGACCUUAAUCCUGGUUACCGCGUCUACCAAAUAGAUGGAAACUAUCCCGGGAGCUCUCACGUGGUCCUGGACCACGAGACCUACAUCCUGAACCUGACGCUGGCGAACGCGCCGGGAGCCACGCCACACUGGCAGCGCCUCUAUAGGGCUCGAGAAACCUACGGGCUGCCCAACGCGCUGCCUGCUGCCUGGCACGACCUGGUAUAUCGCAUGCGGGGCGACACGCGACUCUUCCAGACCUUCUGGUUUCUCUACCAUAAGGGUCACCCGCCCUCGGAGCCAUGCGGCGCUCCCUGCCGCUUCGCUACUCUGUGCGCCCAGCUCUCCGCCCGCGCCGACAGCCCUGCUCUAUGCCGCCACCUGGUGCCGGAUGGGAGCCUCUCGGAUGUCCAGAGCCUGUGGCCGCGGCCUGUGUUCUGCUAGGGCCCCUAGACCCAGAGUUGGGAAAGUUCAUGUCUUAGGAAAGGAGCGAAGAAAGCCCCAGAGCGCUGCUGUGGUUUAACCUGGCAAGAAUGUCCUGUGGGGGAGCCCAACCCUGGGCCCCCGGUAUGCAAGGGCAUACAGGACCUUCUCCUUUCUUGGAGCUGGUUUAGCUGCAUAUGGAAGGGAACUUGGCUGCUCUGCCUGUGCCCAGCAUCUAGACUGUCCUGGGGCCACUGUCCUUUCAUGGCCAUGGAGCUGAGGCCUAAAUUGACACUGCCCUUGGCAGAUCAGACAGGAUCUGUCACCCCAAGCCUGUGCUGCUCAGCCAGGCACCCUGUACUGUGGCUGCUAUCUGAUGCCACUAGGCUGUUAAAAAUAAAGAUAAGAGACUUGGAAUCCA